GCCUCCUGUAACCGCCCCCCCCCAUCUCUCUCUCUCUCUCCCCCCGAAGUCCAUAGUUUUCUUCGUUGGGUUGGGGUAGGGGUUUUGUGAAAUCUUCCUCUGCUCUCACAGUUCCCUCAUCAUUUUCUUGGCUUUUCUUCGUCAAGAUCAAAGCAAGCAAAGCUCCUUUGUGGAAUGGAUUUAUCGGUGCAAACGGAGAAUGGGAAUCUUGGUGCUACAGCCAAACUCGACGGGCGGAGCCCGGGGAAAGAUUGUCAUUCCGACGCCGGGAAAUAUGAACUCCAAAAUGGAGAUUCUGGCGGUACCAAAAUUUCCCGAGAAAGUCCCAGGAAAGGGGAAAAUCUUGUCAACGGAAACUUGGGGUCCGCCAACGAAGGAGUGGGUUUGAAAAGAUAUGAUGCCGAGAAUUUCUCCGAUUCCGUUGGUGUGUCCCAGGAUUCUAAUUGCAAUCUUGGCAGUGGCCUCCAAGAGAUUACAAAUGGUGAUGAUCACAGUACAGCUUCGGAGUUCUCCGAUAUCGUGAUCGAGAAGAUUGAGGGGGAAGUUCGCGCUGGAGAAGCUGGCGAGGAGAUGCCCGCGAUGGCCGGCCGGGCAGAGGAAAUGGACGUCUCUGGAGAAAAUAGAGACGAUAGUCUGAAAACAAAUGGCAACGUCGUGGAGAUGGUUGGCCCUCAUUCGCAUCUCCCAAAGCCGGAGGCUCCGCCGGGAGUGACUGGCUCUCCGGCGGAUACGGACGAGACGCCACCGAUAUCACGGUCUCAGUCGUGGCCGGAAAAUUCCACCGUCGACGUGCCGGCUAUUGGGAAGUUCAUCCGCGAAAAGAGCAACAGUUUGUCGGCGGCUCUUGCGAAAAGGCUGUUGUCCCUAAAAGACAACCACGACCCGAAGCCCUAUUCGAAUUCGAAUUUGAAAUCGAACGUGACGGAGUUCAACCUGUCGGGACUCAAAGUGAUCGUCAAGCAGAAGAACGGCGACAGCGACGACGCCAGAGGCGACCUCGAACUGAAAGGGCGCGUCAGCUUCUUCUCUAGGUCGAACUGCCGAGAUUGCAGCGCCGUCCGUUCGUUCUUCAGAGAACAAGGGUUGAAGUUCGUCGAAAUCAACAUCGACGUGUAUCCGACGAGAGAGAAAGAAUUGGUGGAGAGGACCGGAACUUCAACCGUGCCUCAGAUUUUCUUCAACGAGAAGCUGUUCGGAGGCUUGGUGGCGCUGAAUUCUCUCAGAAACAGCGGGCUUUUCGAGCAGAGAUUAAAGGAGAUGCUCGGAAGGAAAUGCCCAGACGACGCGCCGUCGCCGCCGGUGUACGGAUUCGAUGAUCCUGAGGAGGAUCGGACGGACGAGAUGGUCGCGAUCGUUAGAGUCCUGAGGCAGAGAGUGCCCAUCCAGGACCGUCUGAGGAAGAUGAAGAUCGUGAAGAACUGCUUCGCGGGGGCGGAGAUGGUCCAGCUCAUCGUUCAACACUUCGACUGCGGGCGAUCCAAGGCAGUUGCUAUUGGAAAGGAACUUCUGAGAAAGCACUUCAUCCAUCACAUCUUUGGAGAAAACGAAUUUGAGGAUGGAAACCAAUUUUACCGGUUCCUUGAGCAUGAACCCUUCAUUCCCCGUUGCUUCAAUUUUCAGGGAUCCCCAAAUGAUAAUGAACCCAAGUCGGCUGCUAUAGUUAGCCAGAAGCUCGCUAAGAUAAUGUCUGCUAUACUUGAGUCAUAUGCUUCUGAGGAUAGGCGCCAUCUUGAUUAUGUUGGUAUCAGCCACAGUGAGGAAUUUCGGAGAUAUGUAAACUUGGUACAAGAUCUUCGCAGAUUGAACAUUAUGACACUCUCCACAGAUGAGAAACUUGCCUUCUUCUUGAACCUUUACAAUGCCAUGGUGAUUCAUGCUGUGAUUAAGGUAGGCCAUCCUGGGGGUGUUAUUGAUAGGAGAUCUUUCUUCUCUGAUUUCCAAUACUUGGUUGGAGGCUAUCCUUAUUCCCUUGCCGCAAUUAAGAAUGGAAUCCUAAGAAGCAAUCGGAGACCACCAUACUCUUUGGUUAAAUCCUUUGGUCAUGGAGACAAGCGUUUAGAGCUAGUUUGUGCAAAACUCAAUCCCCUGAUUCACUUUGGAAUCUGUAACGGGACAAGGUCGAGCCCAAUCGUGAGAUUCUACACUCCCCAAGGAGUCGAAUCUGAAUUAAGGUACGCAACGAGGCAGUUUUUCCAAAGAGAUGGCAUAGAGGUGGAUUUGGCAAAGAGGACGGUAUACCUCACCCGGAUCAUGAAGUGGUUUAACAUGGAUUUUUGCCAGGACAAGGAAAUGCUCAGAUGGACAUUAAGUUACUUGGAUGCAACUAAAGCAGGUCUUUUGACACAUCUUUUGGCAGAUGGAGGCCCCAUCAGUAUCUCUUACCAGAACUAUGAUUGGUCUGUGAACUCUUAAACCCAUUCAUAGUGAGUGAGUUUUUUGUAGAUAAGACCAUACUUUUUUUUCUUUUCUUUUCUUUUUUUUUUGUCUUGGGGGGGGGGGAGGGGGGAAGAUUAGUGUUAUGCACCCUGCAUUCGACCAGAGGUAUUGGUAGAGAAAGAACAAAAAAAAAAAAAAGAAAAAAAAAAAGAGAAAGAAAUUGAUAUAGGUUUCAAAUGGUGUGGAAAGUUUAUUUUAGUUUUGUUAUAUUGAAUUCUAUAAAUGAACUUAGGCACCUACAAUUACAGGUUCCCAAUCAUACAUGUGCUUAUAAAUUUUAAGCAAA